UCACCUUAGUGUUUACUUCUCAGCUAUAAUGCCACCUCAUAUUUGUCAGUUUAUAUCAACACCCUGUUUACAGUCAGUACAUUGGUUUGGUAAAAUUUACUCAGAAGACGCUCAUAAGUGUAACAGUAAACUUGCAAGCCAGCUAAUAGCCGGUCGGAGAAUCAUCUUGACCAAUUAUAUUGUCUUUGUAAAACAUUAGCACUUCCGCGUCUCUAAAGUUCAGUUCAUACAGUCUGUGAAAGGUGGUCGGUUCUUAUCUAUGUUAUAAUCGUAAUGUCUGGAAAUCCUGCUGUGGUUCUGCGGCUGGUGGCCUCCGCAUACAAUGUGGCAGAAAGGGCAGGGUCUAUAGUGAGGAAGGUCCUUCACAGUGGAGAGCUGGGAAUCGUGGAAAAGACCGGAGCUAAUGAUCUGCAGACUCAGGCUGACAGACUCGCACAGCAGAGCAUCUGUGCGUCGCUGUCCAGACACUUUCCAAAAGUCACCAUCAUUGGAGAGGAGGAGCUUCCAUCAGAGGAGGUGAAGGAGGAGCUUAUUGAGAAUGGCCAGUCAGAAGAAAUCCUCCAGAAGACAUGCCCACCUGAAUACAGCGAGCUGAAAGAGGAGGAGCUGGUUGUGUGGGUUGAUCCUCUCGAUGGCACAAAAGAAUACACUGAAGCGGCAAAGUGUCUCCACCUCCGAACCGAGGUUACGACGCCACACAAAGGGUCGGACUCUUCUCAGCUUCACAGAACAGCUCUAUGGCUCCUGGAUAAUGUGACUGUUCUUAUUGGCAUCGCACACAAAGGCAGAGCUAUUGCAGGUGUCAUCAACCAGCCUUUCUACAACUACCAGCUCGGAGCAGGGGCGGUUUUGGGAAGGACCAUAUGGGGAAUGCCGGGAUUGGGCGCGUUUGGAUUCCAGCUGCAGGAAGUACCAGAUGGCAGACGCAUCAUCACCACCACACGUUCCCAUAGCAACAAAGUGGUAACGGACUGCGUAGAUGCCAUGGACCCAGAUGAGGUUGUAAGAGUGGGUGGUGCUGGGAACAAGAUAAUCCAGCUUGUUGAAGGGAAGGCCUCUGCAUACGUCUUCGCGAGUCCUGGCUGCAAAAAGUGGGACACAUGUGCACCUGAAGCCAUUCUACAUGCUGUUGGAGGUAAAUUGACAGACAUGCAUGGAAAUCCUUACCGCUAUGAUGCUAACGUGAAGCACAUGAACUCUACCGGAGUUCUUGCAACGCUACGAAACCACGACUACUAUGUCAGCAGAGUACCACAGUCUGUUCUGGAAGCCCUGAACUGAACACCAGGUGUGUCUGACUAACAAAAAUCACACUCAUUUUCUGUGUUGUAAAGAAUCACCUAAAUUUUCAGAACAGUUCUUGACGUACAACAAACAAGAAAAUUUCUGUGGCACAAAAUGCCACAAGGAGUAAUUUGUACUUUCUACAUUAUAAUUUUAUAUUUGAUUACAAAGAGUUGAUUUUCAGUAUGACAUGAAUAUAAUGUCUCAGUCCCUGGUAAUUCAAUUAUUUUAUAUAAUCCAUUGUCACUCAGCACUGACAUAAAAGCAGAACAAAAAAGAUCAGAGAAAAAAUAAAAAAAAUCAGGGAACAGUUUUAUCAGCACUUUCUUUUAUUCCACUCAAGUGAAACAAACUCAUACAAAUCUCAGAACACCUUAACAUACGGUUUCCAACUUGAAGACCAAUAGAUUUACAAGGCAAAAGGCAAGAUUUAAAUAAAUAAAAAUACAUGUUUAUUAGUGAGUUGGAAAUGAUUUACUUCAUUCAAUAACCACUAAGUGGGAACAGUGUAAUAUACUAGCAUAAUGUCAACAACAAACAAAAUGCAUUCUAAAUGUCAAAAUGACUCAGUGUCCCUAUAUGUGAGGUUGACAUCUACUGCAGUGAACAACAAAGAGCUGUACAGAUGUGUUAAGCUAUGACCUGCUUUAAAAAUGAAUACUGAUGACCAUUUUUCAGACUUGUACUUAAUGUUCGAUUCUUAUCCAACAAGUUGCUUCAUGUUCCUUCCUGUGUUAAAAUGGCAGUUCAGUUUCUCCACACUUCUGUGCUAUCUAGACUCCAAGAAACCCACUGAAAGUGCUAACUGAUGUUUAAUCCCACAUACACUACACUGUCAUCAAAAGAGAAAUUGAUUUUGUACACUAUUGCAUUGCUCUGAUUCCUACCAGAGUACUAGGGCCACAGUGAAGGGGACAAAUCUGAUAUUGAUAGACAAGAGGAGAAAAUAGCCUAAAGUUCUAAUGGUUAUUUUGUAGUAUGGGUUUAAAAUGACUGAGAAGUCAUAUAGCCUCAGGGGUGCCGCUACCAAUUGUGGACCACAUGAAAGCAUAGUCGUUGUGGACCCUCCAUAAAUUGAGUAUCUUCUCAAUCUGUCGGACCGUGGGGGGAGCGGGUGCCGUCCAUAAAUAACGUCACUUAUGCUAGCAUGAAACUGAAAAUUAACGUGCUUUGAACAUCCGACUCCCGACUUCUAUGCCUCUAUCAUACAGCAGAUCUUACAUGAAAUUUUCACACCUUCUAACCUGUAUCCGCUGGGCCCCAUGAUUUUGUCAUGUUUACCCCCCCCUUAUCGGCACCCCAGUAUAGCCUAAAUAGUAAUAUGAGAAUGUGAUAGUUUUAAGUCACUAAGCAUCAAAUGGUAGAAUUAACCUGUUACUUCAAUAAUCCAUAUUUUAUCAACAGCAGCCACUGGGCUUAUACUGCUGUGUUUGAGACUCUUUAUAUUAAACCUGUUUAAUUCCAACUUUAUCUACAUUAAAUUUUUCAUGUACAAUUACAAUUUAACAUAUUGAGUUUUCCCUCUGCUUAUUAGGACCCUGUUUGUGAAAUAUCAGAUUUGUAUUUAUCCUCAGAGUGGCCCAUGUACUUGGAGAUUUCCUUUUCAUUCCAACAAUUGAAAUUUUGCUUUGUAACAGAUAAUACCACAAAUGCUUUUUCAAUGACUUGUUUAAAAAAGGUUCAGAGCUUGGUGCUGGUUGAGAACAGAGGCUGUAAAUACUGAGAAUCUACUGAAUGUGAACACAAAUGUAUUUUACCUGUAGAUUCAUAGUCAUACACAGUGGAGGGGCUGUGGCUGCUUACAGGCUUGAAAUAGGCUUUAGAGAAAGUGUAAAUAUUUGCAUACGGCUGCAUUUGUAAUCUCAGGAUCUGAUUGAGAUCUUAGGGGGAAGAAAAACAUUCUUGAGUCGAAGGGAAAGUCGUGGCAAAGUCUAAUGCAAGCAGUGAACUACUGCAGCCAAUAAAAUGUAUGAAAGGGGACUGGCAGUAAUUACGUUCAUGGACAUCAGACAAAUCAAAAUAUUUGGCCCUGCAGUCAGGAGGAUUCAUGGAUUUUACAUCAAUGAGAGCAGAGAACCCGUCUCAAUCUCACAAGCGUGCAUGCAUGUACAAAAAUCACUAUGGAAACUUAUCUGAAGGCAGAGAAGCAUCUUUUCUUAACAUCUUGUCCAUUCCACAAGAGGUUGGGUUUAAUAUUGCUGAAUGGACUGAGUAUUAGAAGUGAGGGCUGAGUAAUACAUACCAUGGCAUCAAAAAAUGGGAAAAAUACCACUCACAUAUUCAUAAAAAUACCCACAAACAAGCAAUAAAACACUCCUGGAAUUUCUGUUUACACAUGAACAAGCUGACUGAGAGAAGGCUGGAGUGUUUGAGGCAGCCUGCAGGGAAAUGGGCCAGAGAGUAGCCGGGGGAGGAGCAGGAGAGUCAGGGCCAGCCGCUCACCUUUUUUUCGGUGCCUGAGUGGUACGAGGCGGAGUGACAGGGCGUCCUGAAUUCACACCUCCGUACUGGUAUUUAGCUUUUUUCUCUGACGGCUUUAGGAUCUGAAAGACAGGAUGAUGAUGUAAAAAUCAAUACGCUGACGCACAUUAAAGGAGGGCGCUUGAGCCAGGACAGCUGAUAUUCACGGUUCUACCUGAAAGGAGCACAUAAGGGACUCGUCCACACUCAUCAUUCCUCCUGCGUUGUCAAACUCCCCGCAGUAGUUGGGCGCAGAGAACAGCGUCACCAGCUGUCGUUUGGCAAAGAACUCGUAGCCAUCUUCAACAACCUGUAAAAUAGUAGGACAAUGAAGUAUUUUUGUUUAACAACAAACUUUAGCUUUUAGUGAUUCAUGUGGUUUAUUUCUUUGAACUCCAUCCAAGCACCUAUGCAGCUAAAAACAGAAAGUGCUGAUACGUUUUCCAAGUUCAGAUGAAGGAUUUGUGACAUAAUUUAAGACAUUGUAGACAUUGUUGAGAGAGAGGUUGAAAAAGUGAGAUAGGAAUUAAAAAGUACUCCAAGAGCUGUUUCCCAAGUUUUAACAAGUGUUCACCAAUGGCUGCCAGUGGAAGAAUCCAUGUGCUCCAAAAACAGUCAUCUAGGACAGGUUUUUUAAAAUAUAUUUCUAAGUGUUUUAGAUAAUUAUUAAGGUAAUAAUACAGGUUCUUUGGUGUAUUUUAAGUUUUUCCUAAGCCUACUUGAUGUGGUCGUCCAAUACCUCUGCUGAUGAACUCAAAAGGUGUUUGCCGACCACCUCAAAUAAUCUUAGAAAAAACUAACACACCAGAGAACCCUUAUGACCUCAGCAAUUAUCUAAAACUCUCAAGAAAUAGACUGAAAAACCUGUCCUAGAUGACCGCUUUUGGAGCACAUUGUAUAGCCUUACCCUUCGUCCACUGGUGGUCCUUUCCCCCACAACUCAGAAAUUGUUAAAGCCUUUUCAAUAAUCUAAAAUACUUCAGAAACCCAAAAUGACCAUUUCAGGAAUCUUACUCCUUCAACACCAGAGGCAACUACUAUUUUUUUUUUGCCAUUUCAUCAACACUAGAAAUAACCCACUAUUACCAUUCUUUGUCAUAGCAAAUAAAAUGCAAAAUUAUGGGAAAAA